AUGGCAGUUUACAAAGUCAUGCUGCAUCCGCCAGAUGCCUACGUCUUUCCACUCACCGAGGCUACCGAAGUCUCCGCCUUUGCCAUUCAUCAACGACUUCACCGGAUCGCCGAAUCCCCCUCUACAUCGCGGCAACAGCGCUCCUCCCACCAGACUCGACGUCGUCGCUCGUCACCUUCCCCCGUGUCUCAGGAGGUCGAAGCCCCCACCCUGUCACGCGCCAUGUAUUCCAACUCAAACUCGUUUCUCGGCGGCGGCGGCAGGCAGCGCCCCGGCGCGCAGCAAUAUGGAGGCUCGUUCAACAGCUUGGGAAGCCAGCAAGGUCAGCAGGGCAACCCGAGUCCCUUCGCUCCGCAGCCGACGGGCUUCGGCCAGGCUCCUCUGCAGCAGCAAUACACCGGUUUCCCAGGCGGUCUGCAGCAGCAACAGCAACCUCAGUCUCAGCAGCUGCAGCCCCAGUACACUGGUUUCCAGCCUCAGCAGCAGCAGAGCUUCCAGACCGGCGUGCCGCCCAUGCCCUCGAUGCCGUCCCAGUUCCAGCAGCAGUUCCAGCAGCAACAGCAGCAACAGCAGCAGCAGCAACAGCAACAACAGCAUCAACCGCAACAGCAACCCCAGCAGACUGGAUUCUCCCUGACCCCGCAGCAGACCUCGGCGCCCGCUCAAGCCAUGAAGCCGCAACCCACGGGCUUCAGUCAGAUGGCCGCUUCGUUCCAGACGGGCGGUGGCUCCAAGCCUCAAGCGCCUGCGAAUCCACCACGAAAGCAAACAGGGGGCCAAACACUCGCUGUCGCACAUCUGGAACGUUGGCGUGCUCCUGUCAUCUGCGAGGAACAGCGAUACUGA